UUGGCGAUAAAUGUCUAUGCGAUUCUUGCCAAUUCGUGGUGUACCUAGCUCUUCUGAUGCAUCAUGCGCGGCCGAUAGUCUUCGCUUUUAAAACGCGACUGGAACGUUGGAACACACCGACGGAAUGAGGAAUCCUCAGUCCGAUUAAAAAGAUUUUUUCGAUUCUUCUUUCCCCUGUUGUUAAAAAAGCAGCCAACAUCAAAGUACUUUUGAUUGGCUCUUUUCAGGAGACUGUGAUUGUUUCAUGAAAUAAAUAAAAAAAAAAGGAAAAAAGAGAUAUCGUUUGCUUUUUUUUUCGUUUGCCGCUUUCGGGUAAAGCAGUAGCUUGAUAAUUAAUUUGAAAGACAUAAAAAUAGUGUGAUUUUUAUCGUUUGCAAAGUGAUAAAACUAAAACGAUGGCGGGAGCACAAUCUGGCAUUCAUGUUGUACAACUGAAACCUAUCGUGGUUCCCCAAGCCAUGCAAGAAGGGAACAAAUUUGUCAAGUGGGAUGACGAUUCGACCGUUGGUACACCAGUCACUCUUCGUGUGGACAAAAAUGGUUUCUUCUUGUAUUGGACGGAUCAAAAUAAUGAAACUGAUUUUUUGGAAAUAUCUUCCAUUCGAGACUCGAGAACGGGGAAGUAUUCCAAAGUGCCAAGGGAUGGUAAACUGAGAGAUUCUAUAACAAUGGGUACUCCAGAUACUCCUCUGGAAGAUAAACAAGUUACAGUAGCAUAUGCUCCAGAAUUAGUUAAUAUAAACUAUAUUCAUUUCAGUUGCAAUUGUAAAGAAGUUGCACAACUUUGGACUGAAAAUUUGCUAAAAAUGGCCUACAAUCUUGUGGCAAUUAACUCCCCAGCGACUGUAUUUCUUGAAAAAGCUCACACUAAAGUACAACUUUUGACAGACAGAGAUGGAAGAAUACCAGUCAAAAAUAUAUUAAAGAUGUUUGCACAACAUAAGGAUGAUAAAAAGAGAGUGGAAAAAGCAUUGGAAGCUUGUGGCUUACCUUCUGGAAAAAAUGAUACCAUUCCAGCAGAAAAAUUUCCAAGUGAUCUCUUUUUUAAUUUCUACCGACAUUUGGCUGGCCGAGAUGAAGUUGAUAAAAUAUUUGAGAAAUUAUGUGGAGGAAAGAAAAAAGGUAUGACAGUUGACCAACUAGUAGAAUUUUUAAACAAAGAGCAAAGAGACCCAAGGCUAAAUGAAAUAUUGUAUCCAUAUGCCAAUCCGGCAAGAGCAAGAGAUAUUAUAAAGCAGUACGAGCCAAAUAAGAACGUGGCUCAAAAAGGGUUGUUGUCAGAAACUGGAUUUUUAAGGUAUCUGAUGGGAGAUGAUAAUCCAAUCGUGUCAUUGGAAAAACUAGAUCAGAACCACAAUAUGGAUCAACCACUCAGUCACUACUUCAUCAACUCUUCACACAACACAUAUCUCAGUGGUCAUCAACUAACAGGAAAGUCUUCCGUCGAAAUGUACCGACAAACACUAUUGACUGGUUGCAGAUGCGUUGAGCUGGAUUGUUGGAAUGGGCGGAAUUCGGAUGAAGAACCGAUUAUCACGCACGGGUACACCGUGGUGUCAGAAAUUUUGCUCAAAGAAGUAUUAGAGGCGAUAGCCGAUUGUGCUUUUAAAACAUCUGACUACCCAGUCAUUCUCAGCUUCGAAAAUCAUUGUUCAACUAAACAACAAGCAAAAAUGGCGAUGUAUUGCAGAAAGAUAUUUGGAGAUAUGAUCAUUACAGAGCCCUUUGGUACUCAUCAGUUGAAUCCUGGACAGCUGCUGCCAUCUCCUCAUCAAUUGGUACGGAAAAUUAUUAUUAAAAAUAAAAAGAAGCAUUUUCCUAGAGCACCAGACCGAACACCCAAAUCUUCCGUGGGUAGAGACGAUCAACCACUUACACCAGAACGCGUAAAAAGCUCUUCUGUUAGUAGUCCUAUAUCAGGAGAUGAGAAUGAUCCUGGAGGUGGAACAGAGGAUAAGAUAGAUGGAGCCGAAGAAUCUGAUACAGAUAUAGGAUCCGACGAAGAAGAGCCGGAAGUCAUUGAAGGAGCUGAAGAGGAUAGAGCUCGAGAGUCUGAGGCUGGGGCAGAAAUGUCAGCUCUAGUUAACUAUGUACAGCCUGUUAGAUUUCAUUCUUUUGAGUAUGCCGAAAGGCGGAACAGGAGUUAUGAAGUAUCAUCAUUUGUUGAAACCCAUGCAACUAAUUUGCUCAAAGAACAUCCAGUAGAAUUCGUCAAUUAUAACAAAAGGCAGCUGAGUCGGAUAUAUCCUAAAGGUACAAGGGUGGAUUCCAGCAACUAUAUGCCUCAGGUUUUCUGGAAUGCUGGAUGUCAAAUGGUUGCUCUUAAUUAUCAAUCAUUGGACUUAGGAAUGCAGCUCAAUCUGGGAAUUUUCGAGUACAAUGGUAGAUGUGGUUAUCUCUUAAAACCAGACUUCAUGAGAAGAACUGAUAGAAAAUUCGAUCCCUUCACGGAAUCAACUGUUGAUGGAAUUAUUGCUGGAACAGUCAGCGUUAAAAUAUUAUCAGGACAGUUUUUAUCAGAUAAGCGUGUAGGAACGUAUGUAGAAGUAGACAUGUAUGGUCUUCCUGCAGACACUGUGCGACGGAAAUUUAAAACGAAAACUGUUCCUAACAAUGGUAUCAAUCCAGUUUAUGAUGAAGAGCCAUUUGUUUUUAAAAAGGUGGUACUUCCAGAUUUAGCCUGUCUGCGAAUAUCCGUAAAUGAUGAUAGUGGAAAACUGUUGGGUCAUAGAGUGCUUCCAGUUGUUGGUCUAAGACCAGGUUAUCGCCACAUAUGUCUUCGAAACGAAUCUGGUCAGCCCUUAUCGAUGAAAACCUUGUUUGUACACAUCACGGUAAAGGAUUAUGUCCCUGAUGGCUUAUCUGACUUGGCCGAUGCUUUGGCGAACCCCAUUGCAUACCAGUCAAUACAGGAGAAGCACGCACAGCAGUUGAUGGCUCUGACUGAUGAUCUGGACGAAGAAACUGAAGAUUCAACAGAUUCUCAAGAAAAACCAAAAAGUGCACAGCCAGCUAAACCAAAUCCAUCAUUGGGGAAAAUUGAUGAUAAAAGUAAGGCUAGUACGUCAAUUGACGAACCUUCCUCUCAACCAUCGACGUUGGCACAACGCCAUGCCCAAAUGAACGGCACAGUACCGAAACAAACAACAGCUGGAACAGCGUCACCUGGCCCUGUACAUACAAGACAAGACACAAGUAGGAGAUCUAACCAAACUGUUACAUCGUUAACAGAAGAAACUCAGGAAAAACCCUCAGUUCUAGAAUCGGAAGAGGCUAACAUCGUUGCUGAGUCACUGGAUGUUAUUAGGCAGCACAAAAUGGUAGCAAAAAUCACAGUUAAGCUAGAAAAGGAAUUACAGGCAUUGAAGAAAAAGCAAGAAAAGGUGCGUGAAAGAGAGCUGGAUCUUCUUCAAUCUAAAGAAGCUAAGCUGUUAAGGAAUCAAGAAUUUCUUAACAGCAGGACACAGCCAAAUAGGUUCGUCCGAAAGUUUUCUUCUCCAUGUUGGAACCCAAGACGACAACCGAAAAGAGUGGGUGAAGUAGAUAGUCAAAUAAUUUCACCAGAACAACGAGUCAAGUUGGACGAGCUGAGGAAAAACUUUUCCCAAAAUAUGUUGGCCUUAACAAAAGAGCAUUUAUAUUCAGAAAUGGAAAUUCACUGCAAGUACCAGGAACCAUUGUACACGGCCAUGAACAAAGUAUUGCAACUAUCUCAAUCAUCUCAAGUGCAGCUCUUACAUAGUUUGCAUGACAGAGAAGUAAGCGAACUCAUGAAAAGGCUGGAUGCACAAACAAAAGAAGAAAUGAAGAAUUUAAGCAAAAAACACAAAGACAAAAAUGAACUGUCAAGGAUAAAAAGGGAACUUAAUCAAAAGCUUAUUGACACAGCAGUGGCGGAGCGACAAAGGUUCAGCUCCCUGCUAGAGAAAAAAUUAGGAGAAUUGACAAGGCAACACACAAACAUCAAAAAUACUUUUGAAGAUGAAAGAAAAAAUGCACAAGAAAGGUUAAGACUGGAAUAUGAAGAGAAAUGUAACAAAAUGGCGAAAGAAUUCGAAAAGAAUGGCAGCAUGUUUUUGUCAUCACCUGAUGCUGUAGAAAGCACAAAGUUAUGAAAAUAUCUAGGCAAUGCUGGACAACGACUUGCUUAACUGGAACUCUGUUGAAGAUUAGACGGUUAUGUGGCAGGGACGAUGUUCAUUCGUCUCUCUCUAUCUCGUCUUGUUGUUUCUCCCAUCGUUACAAACAUGAAGAUCAUCCACAUUCAAUGGUCAAGAACGGACUUAUAUUCCAAUUUUAUCAGCAUUUUCUACCUACUUUGAAAAUAUUUUCAGCUAACUUCAUAUUUGGUAACCUUUUACCCUCUUAACUCUUUGUCUAGCCCAAUGCUUCAGCUGUUAUCUUUUUAAAUUCUCUCUUAUAUCAGUUAAAUUAUUCUGAAAUAAGCUAAAACCAAGGAUGGGUGUUGACACAUAUUAUACUUUCUUUUAAACAGUUUGUGCUUGGAUGUUAAUUUCAAACCCUUCAUCUUAAAACGAGAAAUAGUAUUGCUCCGACUUUCUGCUAAUCGAAUGGUAUUUAAAACUUUCCCCUAAAUGUAUAUUUUUGAAAUUUUAUUAAUGACUUAUCAUCUUUGAAAUAAGACUUGAAUGAACUUCACUUUGCACUUAAUUGCACGAGCAUGUACUUUAUUAAUGUAUUGUAUUGAGUAACUCCAACUAAGCUGUUCUUACAAUUCGUUCAGUCGUCGAUUAACUAGGUUUUUCGAAUUGCAUCUAAAUCGCUUAUCAUUUAUAUAUUCUCGUCAAAAAUGAAAAUCUAACUUUGUUUAAAAAUCUACUGUAUUCAAAAGUUUGAGAUCACCUAUAAAAAUUACAAUUACGGUGAGAUUUCUUAGCAGAUUUGUAUUAUAAUAGAGCGAAACCUUUGAUUAAACGUCUUGAAAUAAUACUCCUUCUGAUGUCAGGGUUUUUUUUUUUAGCCAGAAUAUGUUUAAUAUUCUCGCAGAAGAUCGUUAGAGAUUGUAUAACCAUCUUUCGAAUAAAAUGAUCAUUGCGUUCAUUCGUUUGCCGAUUGCUUGAUGAACGGCAUAUGUACCCUCUUACCUGUUUUCGGUAUAGAUUAUUCAAUUUUAUAAAGGACCACUUUUUCAGCCCUUUUUGGCAUCUGCAAAUUUAUGGGUUUUCCUAAAUUCACGAAACAACUGGUCAUAAACAAGACGUGUACGUUUAAAUCAGUCGAAUGCGCCUAAUGCGUCAAAGAGUGAAAUCAUGCAACAAUUUCUUCAAAUUGUGCAAUGUGUUACAAUACCGAAAAACGACAAAUGGACUUGAAAUUUCGCACAGAGCUGCAAUUUGAAAAUAGCAAUUUUAUUACAAAUCUAUAUUCAGCUUGACGUCAAAACAAAUAUAUUUAUUAAUGCAAUUUCAUUAGCAAAUUUAAUUCAUUGAUGAUAGUCUCAUUGCAAAUCACAUUAAUUAAUAUCAAUAUCAUAUAAAGCUAAAUAAUUCAUGAUAAUCUCAUCGUGAAUAAUUAUUAAAAAAUUAGAAAAUAUAUUCAUUGAUGAUAAUUGCAAAAUCUUAUAACAAAUCUGACUCAUUGAUUAUGAUAACAUAGCAAGUUUCAUUCACAAAUCAUAAUUUCACAGCAACUCUAAUACGUGUAUUAUAAUGUUUAACAGAUCGAUGGCAUUUGUGGCAACUUCAUGUAAAAAUACUCUCAUUGUAAAUCACUUUUAUGGAUUUUAAUAUCAUAUCAAACCUAAAUUAUUUAUGGUAAUCUAAUGCAAAUAAUUAUUAAAAAUUUAGGAAAUAUAUCUAUUGAUCAUAAUUGAAAAUAUUUAUAACAAACAUAACUCAUUGAUUAUGAUAACAUAGCAAGUUUAGUUCAUUAAUUAUAAUCUCAUAACACAUCUAGUACAUGGAUCCUAAUCUCGUAAAAAUCAAAUUCAUUAGUGACAAUCUCAUGAGGAAACUAAUUCAAUAAUAAGUUAAAUCAUGCUUUAAAUUUAAUUCAUUUAUUUCUCGUUGUUUUUUUUUUAAAUUUAAAUAACGUUUAUGCAAUCUUUUUAUUUCUUACUUGAUAUCAAGAUAAUACUAAUUAAAAAAGCCAGACUUACUCGAUAAUUGGUCAAAAUUUAAAAAUGUUUAAUUAAUUUUUAUGUAAUACAAUUAUUAUGUUAUAUUUUUCAAACGCAAUGUGUCAAUAUCCUUGAAAGAGAAUGACAUUUACCCCAAUAUCUUUCUUCUAUCCUUUCAUUUUAUGUCUCAACUUAUAAAGUGUGCAACACCCAGCCUCAAAAAUGUACGCAAAAUGAUUGUAAUUCGCAAAAACAUCCCAAAUUAGUUAUUGCAAAACAGAUUCAUCAAUUUUUUUAACAUUAUUAUUGAUUUUGAUUUUAAAUGUAAAAGUGUUGCCAAAUUAGAACGGUAGAAAACUGAGGUAGAAAAAGCAGAUGUCACUGUGUUACGAAAGUGUAAAUGGUACAUAUAGUUUUUUUUUUUCCUGAAACACUUUCGUUAUUCUUGGUUUUGUGAAAUAUCUAUUUCAUGUUCUUUGUUGUAUUUCAUGUUUCAUCACUGCAGCUCAAUGUUCUGUGUGUAUUCAGGUUUCCUAAAUCUGAGUAAAGCACUAGAUAUAGAAAAAAAAAUUUCACUAUCAUAAGACGGCUUGUACAAAUUGAUUUUGUAUCCAAAGAAAAAUUUAUUCUGUGAUAUUCAGAAAAUUGGUUAUUUAUACUGUAUAUUUCUUAAAUGCUUUAUAUAUGUACAUAAAUUAACUUGCAAGGUUUUACAGAAAAAUAAGUCAGGAUGAGAAGUAAGCCCGUGUCAGUACUUCCGCAAAUUUCUUUCUUAAUUCUUUCUAAUUUUAGUUUUAUGAUUAACCGUUUAAUGAUGUGAGAAGAAAUUCGAUUCUUUUUUUUUCUUAAUCUUCUGCAUCAAAAAUAUAAAUUAUUUUUCAAAAUGUUUCGUUGCUUGCUUAAACUUUAAUAAAAGUUAUAUUUUUGUUUUACAAUGUUUCCAAAUUGCAGCUAAUAUGUUGUUUUUUUUUGUUGAUAAUUUUGCUCGACAUAGCCCUAAAAAACAUCGUUUGAUAAUUUUACUUCAAAUGCCAAAUAUUUAA